CUGUAAGCGAGUUAAGCGAGUUUUCAAGUGUACUACGGAAAAGUUUGUUCCACCAAUCGCAUUGCUCCAUCACCAGCGCCGUAAGCUCACCAAACUUCAAAGACACUAAGCGGUCGCCUAAAAUCAAAUGCCUUUUAGAGAUGGGCUGGCCUGACUGGCUGACGAAAAGUGCUUCUCUGUUUCAUACACAGUUAUUGACCCUGGAUCUGACAGCCUGUAGACCUGAACCCACCACCCAUGUGAAGUUAUGGCAUUUCGUUUGUAUAACCAGCUAUUUGCAGCAACAAUUGCACUGCAAGCACUCGACGCGAAACGACGAGGCGCUACUAAGUACUGACCACGUGGCCCAUAUGACCAACAGAAAGCAGAACAAUUCUUCGACCACCUUCACAUCUCUUCAGCGACGAUUUUCAAGACUUGGUUCCGAAUGGACCGUGAAUUGUUUUGGCACACAACCUAAUCGCCGAUGAUCCGAUUUUUGUCGUGGUCAGUGGACGUCCGCAACGCCCUAUUUUCUGGGAUGUUGUGGUGAUCGCGUGCACUUUCUUGCUGGUCCAUGUUGGCAUCAUUUGCCCACUCAAUAACG